AUUUUAUAAGUGCGAGUAACAUAACUCUUUUUAUACUACCAUAAAUUAAUAUAAACUUAAGUAAAUUAGAAUAUACCAACUAUUUAGAUUAUAAAAUAAAAUUAAUUAAAUUUUAAAUAAUAGAAAAAAUGAGAAAGUGCUCAACCAAGUAACGAUAUAAUUACCGUAUGACACUUGUCAUUUAAAAAAAAAAUACAAUUUAAAAUUAAAACUAAGCAAUAUCUCAUGGGGAGGUGGUGAAUAGAGUGAGCCGAAUAAUAUAAAAAUAUCCAAUAAGAAAAAGAAGAGACAUGACAUGACACGUGUAUCGAAGUUGUGUAUUCUAGAUUUGAAGUUGGUGCAUGCGACCGGAACGUCAAUGCGGAGGCCUCCUGACUUUCCCUUUCUAUUUUUGUAAUCGUCAACCCCUACAUAUACCACACACCGCCCAUUUUUCUCAUUACUUUCAUCCUCACAAUAAUUUCUAUUCUCCCUUCAAUCCAUAAUCCAAUGAAGUUUUCUCUGGUUCUCCUUUUUGCUUCAUCUCUCUUCCUCCAUGGAACCACCGGUGAGAUUUUAUGCGAGGAUUUGACAAAGAAUAAUUGCUCAUUUGCAAUCUCAUCUUCUGGAAAGAGAUGCGUGUUGGAGAAUUUCGAAGAUAAGAAAGGAAAAGUGGAAUAUCAAUGUAGAACAUCGGAAGUGGUGGUGGAGAUAUUAUCAGAGUACAUCGAGACAAACGAAUGCAUUAGAGCUUGUGGCGUUGAUAGAAACGCUACAGGGAUUUCAUCCGACACUUUGCUCGAUAAAAAAUCCAUCGUCACACUCUGCUCACCUGCGUGUUAUCAGAAAUGCCCUAACAUCAUCGAUCUUCACUUCAAUUUGGCCCUCGGUGAAGGAGUAUCGUUGCCGGAUCUUUGUGAACAACAGCGUAGCGACCCUGAUUGUAACAUGAUCGAUCUUCUAAGCUCGAGUGCUGCAAGUGGUCCGGUGGGUAGUGGAACGCAUCGCCUGUUUAGUGCAGCACCAGCCCCUUUUUCGUUCUAAGACAUUUGGUUAUAUAUUGUGUUGGUGUAUACAUCCGAUAUAUACGUGUGUGUGUGUGGGUUGUUUGAAAUUUUGUAAUAGAUUGUUAUUGGCGGAAUAAUUAGCAAACUAGAGAAAGUAAAUAGACGCAUAUACAUCACUUGAUCUUUUUCAUUGAUCAUUUGAAUCUUUUGUAACCCAUGUCUUUUUCUCUUAUAUGAUGAGC